UGUUAUAGCGUUUACACGCACAAGAAUGCGCAUUGCGCAGCCAUAUUGUGCAUUGUUGUGCAUUCGUCUUCCACGUGCGAGAAUUUUUGUUCGACGGGCGAUCACGUCCACCUACGGGACGUGAUCGCCCGUUUACCGUUAUUCGCGAUGUUUGCCUAGCGAUACGCUAUCUGGUGGUCAAUUUCGGAACUACUGUAAGUAGGGUCAGCUGUGGUUAUGUUUAUCAUUCAAUUUCGGACAACUAAAGAUAUUUGUGAAUUUUAUUAUUUAUAUCUUCAGUCAUGUCUGCAGAAAAAAAAAUUGCGAUUUUUUCGCCCAAAAAAUGUACAAAAUCAAAAGUAAAUUGCAGUGUACCAGGAUGUGAUUCGACUGCAAUAUUUCAGGCUUUAUCAUUCAAUGGUGGAAACAUAUUUCAAUCAGAAGCUCAGUAGAUUAAGAUGUGACAACGGACGAGAAUAUCUUUCUACAGAAAUGAAGAAUUUCUGCGCUAGUCAAGGAAUUCAAUUUGAAUUUACGAUUAGGUAUACACCACAGCAAAAUGGAGUGGCGGAACGGAUGAAUCGUACUAUCACAGAAAGAGCACGUUGUAUGCUUUUAAAUUCAAAGGUGAGCAAGAGUUUUUGGACAGAAGCAGUUCAAACAGCAGUGUAUUUAAUUAAUCGAAGUCCAACAGAAGCUAUUAAAGGAAAGGUUCCUGCUGAGUUAUGGUAUGGAGAAAAACCGGAUGUUCAAAAAUUAAGAAUUUUUGGAUGUAUUGCCUAUUUACGUUUACCCAAGGAAUUAAUUGGUGGAAAAUUUGAUUCAAGAUCAAAGAAAUGUCGUAUGAUGGGUUACUGUCCGAACGGGUAUCGUUUAUGGUGUCCGGAAGAGAAGAGGAUCAUUUUAGGACAUGAUAUAAUCUUUGAUGAAACAAGGUUUGUUCUUGAUGGAAAUGAAGAUUUUUAUAGAAACGGUCAAAUAGAACAUGAAGAUAAGAAGACGAUUUCAACAAAACAUCAGGAUGAGGAAGCGGAAUUUCAAGAGGAAAGGAUUUCAAGAGACGAAACAAGAAUGAAUAUUAAUAGUUCUGAAGAAAAUGAUUCUUUCGAGAGUGCAAAUGAAGAAGAAAUUGUUCAAAAACGGAGUUCUUGCAGUUCAGAAAGAAAAGAAGAACAGAAGAAUAAAAAACUUAGACGCAGUACAAGACUAAAGACUAAACCCAAAUAUUAUGAUGAAUAUAUUGGAAUAGCUUUAAAUGCUGAAACUUUUGUUGAUGAUGUACCAGAAGAUUAUGAUGAUAUUCAACGGAAAGAAGAUAAAGAAUACUGGUAUAAAGCAGUACAAGAAGAAAUUACCUCUUUAUUGGAGAACAAAACUUGGACUCUUACGAAAUUACCGGAAGGUAAGAAAGCAAUUAACAACAAAUGGGUUUUUAAAAUCAAACGAGAUCAAGAUAACAACGUUCAGCGGUGUAAGGCUCGUCUAGUUGUUAAAGGAUGUGUUCAGAGAAAAGGUUUUGAUUAUAUGGAAACUUAUGCACCAGUUGCACAUAUUAUAACGGUCAGAACACUUUUUUCAUUUAUUAAUCAAAAUAAAUUAUUUACAAGACAGCUAGAUGUCAAGAAUGCCUUUUUGCACGGAAUUAUAGAAGAGGAAAUUUAUAUGAAGAAACCUCAAGGUUUAGAGAAAUCAGAUGGAUUAGUUUGCAAAUUAAACAAAUCUCUUUAUGGACUGAAACAGGCGCCACGAGCAUGGAAUGCUAGAUUUGAUAGUUUUGUAAAAGGACUUAACCUUAAACGUUCAGAAAAUGAUAUGUGUUUAUACUCUCGUAUAACAAAACGAAGCAAGCUGUUUCUUCUACUUUAUGUGGACGAUAUUAUUAUUGCAGCUGAUAAUAAACGAGAAUUAAAAGAAUUAAGAGAUAUGCUAAUGCACGAGUUUCCAAUUACAGACAUGAAGAACCCACAUUAUUAUUUAGGAAUGAAGAUUGAUUUUCGGCAUAAUGGCAUAUUCCUAAGUCAAAAGGCUUUCAUGGAGAGAAUGUUAGAACGGUUCAACAUGACUGAGUGCAAACCAGCUAAAACACCGAUGGAAGCAAAAACAAAGGAGAAAGAAGAUCAUGAAGAAAUCAAAAGUAUUACUGAAACAAAGCCUUAUCGAGAAUUGAUCGGAUGUUUAACGUAUCUGAUGCUUUACACACGUCCGGAUAUUAGUGCAGCAAUUAAUUAUUUUAGUCGUUUUCAGAAUUGUGCUACAGAGAGUUACUGGAUUGGUCUAAAGCGAAUUCUACGUUACAUAAAGGGUACACUGGAAUAUGGAUUGUUCCUACCAAAGAAGAGAAAUAUUAUUCCUCUGCUUGCAUACGUUGAUGCAGACUGGGCCAGUGAUAGCGAUCGGAAAUCUGUUAUUUAAUUCAAGUUUAUGGAGCUACGGUGUCCUGGAUAACAAGAAAACAAACAACGAUAGCUUUGUCGUCAACAGAAUCUGAAUAUGUAGCCUUAGCUACAGCAGCAAUUGAUAUUUUAUGGUUUAUUAAAUUGUUACGCAAUUUUGGACAUGACUGUGAUGAACCAAUUACUGUUUUUGAAGAUAAUCAAUCUUGUAUACAUUUACUAAAUAAAUGGGAACAUUGUAGACUGAAACAUAUUGACAUUAAAUAUAAUUUUGUUAAAGAUCUGUGUAGUAAAAGAAAGUUGAAAGUUGUGUAUAUACCUUCAGAUAAACAGAUUGCUGAUUUUUUGACUAAAGGGUUAACGGGAGAACGGUUUGUCAAAUUGCGUUCAGAAAUAGGAAAUUGUAUAUUUUGAUUUAAAAGUUAAAUAUAUAAAGAUGUUAAAUUAAGAGGGAGUGUUAAAUGAAUAAUUUAGACAUGUAAAGAAAAGUAAAGUUGAUACUUUAAAAGUCUUGAAUGUAUUAAAGAGUUCUUUUAUUAAACAAAAGCAAUUUGUUGUAUGGAAACAGCUGUCAUCUUUUUAAUUAAAUUUGUCACUUCGUCUCUGUCGUUCUUAAGAGUUUGACGCACUGCUGAUUGUAAUUUCUGCUCUUUGAAUAAAAGAUCUUUCUGCCCAUUUAUAAUUUGAACACUAAUUAUUUCUCAUUUAUGAAUAUUGUUAAAGAUUUUAAAUUGCAGCUUAUUAUCGACAAUUUGGUGACAUGACAA